AAUCGUUCACCUCAUGUCAAACCCAUGAUAGCCACCACAAGGGACCAAUAUUUCAGAAAAUCAACUACAAGGAAAAGAAUUGAGUAGCACGCUCUUUCAGACUCAGUAAGGAUUGUAUCUGUGAGUAGGGACUACAGAGGGACCAAUGGAUGACAAAGGACUGUCUGAGCCUCUGAACAAAGUCUCUCUCAUUAAAGAUGUGGAGUCCACAGACACUGAGAAGGUCAUUAAACAUCUGACCAAGGAGCUGCAGGACAUCCAGGCAAAAGCCAACGUGGACAAACAGAAAUGUUUGGAUUUACAAGGUCUGUUAGAGGAGGAGAAGAAGGCUGGCAAACAGCAGAUCGAGCAGUCGGCCAAGCAGGUUAAGGUCCUGCAGUCCCAGCUGCAGAUCGUGCAGGAGGACAUGGAGACAAUGCGUGAGCAGCGGGACAGCGCCAUCUUCAGCAUGCGCCAGGAAGUGCACACGGCCCAGGAGGAGGCGCAGAGCCUGCGCAAGACCCUGGAGGCGUCCGGCGCGCAGCGCGAGCGCGAGAUCGCCACGCUCAGGGGCAACCUGGAGACCGUCUCCACGGAGCUGGAGAAGUGGAGGAAGGCCGCGGCCAAGUACGAGCGCGAGAUCGACAGCCUCCAGGCCAGCCACCAGCAACAGAACCAGCAGAAAGACAAGGCAGUCAAACAGCAAGCCAGCGAGCUGGAGAAGCUGCAGCGGGAGUGUGCGUCCCUGCGCUCGGAGAAGCAGCUGCUGCAGGAGCAGCACCAGCGGGAGCGGGCCGGCCUGCAGAGCGAGUGUGGCGCGCUGCGCUCCGAGAAGGACCAGCACCACAGGAGGCAGCAGCAGCUGGAGAAGGACCUGGACAGUGCGAAGAAGGAGAACGGCACGCUGAGCAGCAGCCUGAAGGCCCUGCAGAAGAGCCAGGCCGACAUGGAGCAGAGGCUGGCCGCCAUGCAGGAGCAGCACCAGAAGGACACCAGCAAGAUGCAGGCCCAGCUGGAGCAGAGCAACAACCGGACCAAAGACCUACAGAAGGAGUAUGAGGUCACCCAGUCGGAGCUGUCCGAGCUGAGGGAGAAAAGCGAGAGCGUGGAGCUGGAGAAGCAGUCGGCGGUGGACGAGCUGCUGCAGUGCCAAGCCAGCCUGAAGACGCUGCAGGAGAAGGGAAAUCAGCUGUCCUUAUUGCAGCCUAUCCUAGCCGUAAUCAUCGGCCUUGUCCUGGCUUUGCUGUAUUGGUGCUUCGGCCAGUUUUGGUAGAAAGGGCAAAUGGAUGCGGUGGGCGCCUGUCGCUGCAGUGCUGGUAACCGUGACGGCGGUUGCUGUAGUGAAGAUCUCGUCUUGAGCCUCAGUCAUUACAUGGUGUGCUUGUACCCAAAUAUACUCCUGGCUAAUUUCCCCACCUGCCUCAGACCUCAUUUCAUACACACAGACACACACACAGAUACGGACACACAGAUACAGAUACAGAUACAGACAGACACAGAUUUCCCAGUUAGUUACUUUGAAAAAGGCCUUAUAUUGAAAUGACAAUAAAUAUUGUAAAUAGUAUCAGAUUUAAGAAAUGCAUUAACAGUAUUUAUCACUUCAUGGUGCACAUUCCUUGUCUUUUAUUGAGUUGCAAGGAGGGGUUGCUCUUGUUUUUCAAAUAGUAUUUUUUUAAGAUGAGUAGUAGAAGUGUUAUUCAUCUCUGUGAAUUGAUCAGAGCAAUUGCCAAGGGAAAGUGGUUGUGGCUACAGCAGUGUUCUAGAUAUUACAAUAGCAAUAGAUGAUCAAAGAGGCAAAUACUGCAGUCUUAAAGACUUUAAACUUUGUAGAGAAACCUUUUCUUUGCCUGCCCCCUCCCCCCUAUACAUGAGCUAUUUGAAUCCUCGUGCAAGUAGCAACCAAGUGAUCAUUGCCCAAAUGUGAAUGUAUAGGAUGUAAGCACUUUAUACCAUCAUUUUCAUUCUAAUGAUCAGCUCUGUACUUAAUGCUAUAAUCACUACAGUCUUAACUUCUCCUCUUAGCGCAUUCCCAGCUAUUUACCGUCCGCCUGGAGUACUCACCAGUGUGGUUGUCGAGAGCUACUCAGCAUUUCACAUAUUAGUUUGUGUUUUUUGAGGUCUCAAUUUGACACUGAACAUGAAGGGUUAAAUCUGUUUUAAGUAUUCCUAAAAUGUAUUCAAGUUAAGUAUGCAGUCUCAACUUAAAAGGAAUCUUCCAUACACUGUAUGAAUACCUCAGUAUUGGUCUCCUGUUAGACGUCUUGAAAAUUGCUUUAUUUUCCCCUUUUUAUUCGUUCUUGAAUUACAAACAUGAAAGCACAUCCUUUGAAGGCAACUGAUGAGAUUAUGGUUGCACCUGAUGAAAUGGAGGUGAAAGUUUGACUUCAAUCAGUCAGUUGACAUUGUGUGUUUUAAAGAUUAUGGUAUGGUGCAUCUGUUUUUGUUAAAAAAGGGUUUUGUCCUCCCAUCAGUGCAUAUUAGUUUACUUACAAGUAAAUGUAAUGACUUUGAUUUAUGAAUUAAAUAUGGCAAUAAAGGUUAUUAAUGUUA